AUGGACAGGGGUUCUGGGAAAGGUAGUCCAGGGACGGUGUCGGCCUGGGCACUUCCGCCACGGGAGCACGAAGCCGCGUUCAUCGGUACCUUCUGGGAGGAGGUAGUGACGUUCAAGGAUGUGGACUUGGUCUUCACCAGAGAGGAGCUGGGGCUGCUGGACCCUGCCCAGAGGAAGCUAUACGGAGAUGUGAUGCCAGAGAACUUCCAGAACCUGCUGUCCCUGGGAUGUGAACCCUUUGAAAGAGAUACGACAUUAGACAUUACCACUGGGGAGAGAAGAGAAACUUUGGAUGAUGGAGACAGAAACCCAAGGGGAUGGGUGUUUGAAUGA